AUGGCUCGCAGCGUUUUGCGGCUCAAACCAUGGCUUCCACAGCAACCAUUCAUCUGUCUUGACCAUGGCCAUUUGCUCUCCGUCCAUUCCUUAUGCCAACCAGCCAGGAAUUCACUACUCGGCCAAAGGACGAUCAUUCGCGUCACAACGACACGCUUUCCACAUUCGACAUGCCAGUUCUUGGACAUGUCGCGGACGCGAAUUGAGUCUCUACUUGCAUCGUUUCCAAAGCUUUUGCCUCCGCCAUCUAGCACACAACACACACUGAUAGAAACACCAGAUGUUCGCUACGUUCACCAGCCACUGGAGGAACUCUACAUCCUGCUGAUUACCAACAAGGCGUCUAAUCUCCUACGAGAUAUAGACAUGCUCCACCUUCUUGUGCGUGUUGCCUCUGACAUGUGCCAGAGCGCAGCCGAGAGCGAAGUUGCAACACGAGCCUUGGAACUGCUUGGCGCGUUUGACAAGGUGGUUGGGAUAGAAAAUUACGAGGAAAAGAUUCAAGAGAUUAUCGCCCGGGUACGUCUUUGGAAAAUCAACUCUGGCUUUUCUUUGUCUGGAUAUGGCGGCGGCAUCAUUGGCUAUUCACCCGUACCCACUUCAUAUACCCCACCGCCUCCCACUGUCUCAACUCCCAUCAAUCUCAAUACUGGUAUAGGAGCACGCGCGCCUUCAUUCAGAGCUUCUGGAAUAAAGUUGGGCAGCAAAAAGACCAAGCAGGCCGAACUUAUCGACGCGCUUGGAGGCGACUACAUGGCUUCUGGUAUCGGUCUGACUUCUGAACCCCCAACUCCUUCCGUUGCUGCGGCCCCGCAGACUGUUCAAUCUACGAACAAAGGCAGAGGAGCCUGCCCGAAGUUGUACCAGAAAGGUUUGUCCCAAACCUUGUCAGAUUCCUUGUCGAAACUCAAUGAUCCACAUAGCAUUAACAUCAGUAUCGCCGAGCAAAUAACCUGCUCAUUACUCCGUGAUGGAGGUUUAGAGAAAGACAUCGAGCUCAAAGGAGACAUGAACCUUUUAAUCUCCGACCCAACGACAGACGAUUCCAACUCACUCGUGGCAGCCUUGCAAUUUAAACAACACCCACAAGUCGCCAAGUUCGAUGCGAAGGCAAACCGCAAUGAGGCCAAGAAGAUUGCUCUUCGUGACGCCUCAAAGACCUUCCUCAUCAACCAAAACCUGGCGCUCACACUACGCAGUAAACUGCUGGCCCACACCUUCAAACGAUGCGUGGCACCUCACGGCCUGGAGAUAUUCAUUCCUUUACCUGCAGGAUCCUACCCGACAGUCUCAUCACACACUGGUGAAUGGUCGCUUGAACCCAACUCCAAUUCACUUGCGUGGACCACUGCCAUUGUAGAUGGUGGCAUCAUCGCGAAGCUGUUUACUGUUGAGGGUGAUGAUCCCGAGACAUUUUUCCCAGUCCGUGUUGCCUUUGUUGGCAAGGGUAGUCUCGCGGGUGUGGGCAUUGCACAAACGUCGCUUGAGGACGGCGCAGAUGCAGUCUUUUCUGUCGACUCGGUAGUCACUGCCGAUGGCUAUUUCGUUGUCUGA